UUAUGUCCGAACCCACAGGGCUAUCACGUUUGCCUGUACUGCAAUCGCACUUUCUCCAGCGCUUCACUCUACGCCAACCAUAUAAACAGGCCAGUGGCUCAAGUGCUCUACCGUUGCCACCUCUGCUCCACACAGUCGGACACUGCGCACACACCCACAGUAAUACCUGUGUUACAGCGGCCUUCAUUCUCCUCCCACACCACCGUCUCCCCUAGUGGCUCUGGCGAUCCUGUCCUGGCGAUGCCCUCUCCGUGUAACCUCUCCGCUCCGAACCUCUGCGCUCUCUAUGUACACAUGGCACAGUGGCACGCCAAUGAGCCGGUUGCAGCAUGGCGACUUAUUCCUUCGCACCUCACUGUCAAUGCUCUUCCUUGGUUUGAUAGUAAAGCUAAAGCCGAGAGCGUGGACGGAGCCUCACGAUCAGCUCCCAUUCAACCACCUUUGGCAACUUCGCUACCUUCUACUACCUACAUUGAUGGACAGGAGCUUAUUGACCUCGGCAAUGAUCUUGAUCGGCGCUUGACAAAUCUGCUACGUGCUGGAGAGUUCACUUUUUUGGCUGGGGAAGUAGGCGGCAGGGCGGAGGAGAAGACGUUCCUUGGCGUGCCCGACAUCAGGUUGAUGACCUCCAGUUUGACCCAAUUUCCUCUUACCCUAACGCAACCUACCGAUCUCUCGGUGGAUGGUCUCCCCCGUUCUCUUGCCUCGCCCAUCUGCCACCUCCUGUUUCGCUUGGCUGAAGCUUCUAUCUGGCACGGAUACUUCUUCCUCACUGGGUGGUAUCCAUCGUUUAAAGAUGUUCAGGAUACCGGUUUGUCACUGCCAUGCGCAGCCAGUGUAAAACAAAUUGAGCAGGCUUACAACGCCCUUCUGAGAGACUCACAAACCGACACUGGAUGCCGAACUGGGAGAGGAGAGGGGCGAGGCGUGUUGCGCUGCUUGCUGUGUGGUGAAUUUUCCACCAACAGUGUUGCUGCCUUGAGGGCACAUCUCAACGGUAAUGGAAGUGAUUCCGAUGUCUCUCCUGCAAAGUGCGCACUCUGUGCCCUCUCGGUGGUGCACAACCGGAAAGACAUGGUGCUGUGCUCCAUCAAGGCACAUCUUCUACUACAUUUGGACAUUUAUCUAAUGUGUCCGCAGUGUGGAUUCACUCCACCCCCGGAUUUGACCGCUUCCCUGGCCGAGGUUUGUUUGCGCCUUCACUUGCGAUUCGUCUGUUUCCACUUCAAUCUGGUCAAGGUGUUACUUUGUUCAAGAGGAUCCUGCAAAGAUCGGACCUUUCUUACAAUGGAGAGCUUCGUGCAGCAUUGGUUUGAGAUGCACACUGCGCGCAAGUACGCCUGUCAACUCUGUGGCAGUCUUGGUCAACGGAGGAAGAUGGAGGAUGGCAUUGCUGAUGGUGCAUUUUUUCUCCUCUAUCGUUGA